GGUCUGCCAGAAUCAAUUGCCCGAGCCAAAUGCCUAGGGGUGAGGAGAGAGGAAGAGCAAAUCAAAAAACUCUUCCGUGAAAACUGCUCCAUUAGAAGACCCUCUCCCCCAGCAGGACUUGUCUGACUGUUUUGUCUUCGGAUCUGUCUCAAAACAUCACAAGGGAGGGGCACCAUCACUGGCUUGCUCUUGUAACUUCCACAGAGCCAUAUUUGCGCUCUCUCUCUCUCUCUCUCUCUCUCUCUCUCUCUCUCUCUCUCUCUCUCUCCUCUCUCUCUCUCCCUCUCUAAUCUUGGGCAGGAGCCCAAGGAAAGUGCUCUCUAGGCUACACCCUGCUUCACUUUGCCUUUCUAGACCUGCCCCACCUUCUCCUCCUCCUUUUUCCGCUACUCCUCUUCUUCCCCUUUUUGAAAACAUUCAUUCCUUUUUCAACUCCAAGAAUUCCCCACCCUUCCGAGGCUCUUCUGGGAACUUGGAGCUAUCUAGAGAGAGAGAGCACGGAAUCCAGCCUGUCCUGGGUGGGCGACACGAAGGUGGAGUGGGUGGAUGGGGCAGGGUCCUGGCCAGCGUUGCUUUGGGAAGGGGGCUGGUUGGGGCCGAGGACUGGACAGCUCCUGCCUUCCGUUACUACAUUCCUGGGGCGGAAUAUCCUCCCUUUGCCCAGUAGGGUGGUUGAGGCUCGGUAAUCACCCCGAGAAGCGAGUUGCUGUCGCCCUGAGAGUUUGACGAGCAGUGGAGAGGAGAACGGAAGAGGGGAGAGGGGAAACGGGAAAAGCAAUCACAGCUUGGCUUUCACCAACUGGGUGGUAUCAGACCAGUUAGGGGAGCGGGAGGUGGGGUGGAGAGGAAGGCAUUAAGGACGUGGGCACAGUUACCAACUUUUCAAGCGGCUGGGCUCCUCUGGGAGAAUCUUUUCCUGGCCCCGCGGGGCAGCCUCUUCGCUGAAGCUCAGGAUUUUCGGGAGCUGCUGAAACACCUCCCCUGGUUCCAAGAACUUCAUCUGGUUUUGGGAAAGCUUGAUUUAGCCCAGCGCCUGUCUGCCAAGCAGCCAGCCAGUCAACAAGCCAGCACUGCUUUCCAGACUGUAUUUUUGGAGCAUUGAAGAUUUCCACUCUUUCAGGGUUUUGCUGGGCAUUUCUUGCACAGCUCUAUACUCAUGAGGCUAACCUUGCUGCAAAUACACACUUCUUUGAAGAAGAGCCACCAGAUCUCCUCCUGGAACAUAAAUCGGAUAUAACUCUUAAAAAUGCAAGCCCCCACAAAUCCUACUGCACCUAUAGAUGAUACAGAAAAAUCACCCAACCCAAUAUCCGAAGCCCCUCCUACCUACAAUUCUCAUUAUCAGCCAGGACCUCCUGCACCAGUUGGCUAUCCCAUUGCAGGCUAUCCAGGCCCUGGCCCUAUGGGCUUCCCAGGCCUGAAUCAGCCUGGUGGCUUUCCCAUAUAUCAAAGUGGUGGCCCGCCAGCUGUGUAUCAGCCUGGCAUCAAUGUGAACCCAAUUCAACCUCCCCAGAUACCAUGGAUGCCUGGACCACCUCCACCCCCAAACUGCCCACCUGGUCUGGAAUACCUAUCUCAGUUAGACAAAAUACUGGUUCAUCAGCAGUUUCAAAUUCUGGAUUUGAUAACAGGAUUUGAAAGUAAUAACAGAUAUGAAGUUAAAAACAACAUGGGACAGAUGGUAUACAUGGUACUUGAGGACACUGAUGACAUUACCAGAAAUGCCUAUCAUUCAAUACGUCCCUUUGUCCUUAGGGUCGUUGACUGCAUGGGCCAAGAAAUCAUGAGAAUGCAGAGGCCCCUUCGGUAUACCUGUUGCUGUUUUUGUUGCUCUUCUACCAUGCAAGAGCUUGAGGUUCAGUCUCCGCCUGGCGUGCCUCUUGGCUAUAUCAUGCAACAAGGGGUUUUUUUCGCGACAAACUUCAGGAUUGAGAAUGAGAAGAAGGAGCAUGUGCUGAACAUUGACGGCCCAUGUAAAGCUCAGUGUUGCUCAGAUACAAUUUUUCAGAUUAGAUCAAUGGAUGGAAUCAAUAUUGGAAGUAUUCGUAGACAGUGGCCUGGUGCUGCAGAAGCAGAGAUAGCAGAUAUAGACAACUAUGAGAUCACGUUUCCAUUAGAUCUCAACGUAACACUGAAAGCUAUGGUCUUUGCAGCUACCUUCCUCAUUGAUUUCAUGUUUUUUGAACACUCUCCGAGAGAUGACCGUCAACAUGAUAACUACUAAGAAUAAUAGAAUGUCAGAGUUGGAAAGGGCCCUAGUGGUCAUCUGUGAAAUCCAUUCACGAGCAGAAUCAUCAGAUAGACCAUUUCCUGGAAACGGUUAUCUACCUUCUAUGUGAAGACCUUCAGUGAUGAGGGACUCUGUACCUUUGAGAACAGACCGUUCCAUUUUGGAGCAGCUCUCAUUGUUAGGAAGCGUUUUCCCCCUUAUAUGGGGCUGAAUAUUGAUUAGAUUCUUUGUAAUUUCCACUCCAUACUCCUGCUAUUACUCUCUGACAGAAGGGAAAACAAGUUUAAUAUCUCUUCCAAAUGACCUGAAGAAAUACCUGAAGUUCUUCAAAUAUGUUUUGAAAGCUAUCACAUCCAUCUCACCUCCGUGGACUCCCCCAAAAAGCAUCCUGUAUAUUCUGGCCUCUGUUUCCAUUAAGCACUAUUAUAAUAUCGCUGUCAUUGUCCUGUACAUGUCCAGUCUGAGGAGCACUCUUCUGUCAUCUUGGUAACAUACUCGAUACACUUCUUGUCAAUAGUGCAUUGAGCGAUUAUAUUAAUCUGUGGCUUUCAUGAGGCUUGUUGUUGGAUAACGCUCUUCUUAUGUCUGUAUUCUUUUGUUCUCCUAUAUUCUUUAAAAUAAGAAGCUUAGGGAAAAAAAUAGAGGCUUUGCAUUUCUAAAUGAUAACACUGAAACUAGCCUUCCCCUCUGCCUCCCCGCUACCCCGACAUAAUGUGCUUUUCCUUUGGAGUUUCCUGAAAUUUAAUUCUAUGGCCAACAUAACAUAUAAUUCUAGCAUCCCUUGUAUAUCAUACUACUAUGGAUCUAUGAUUGGCAUACUCUCUCCAUUGGUGAGGGGAUUGUAUUAGAUCACCUCUUCCAGCUCUAGAACUAUAAUCCUAUGACUUUCCCAAAAGUCGAGAUUCCAUCUGAUAUGCUGGGAGCCUUCUAUAUCUCAUAACAUUGAAAUUGUAUAGAUAACAGUACUAUUGCCAUGUAGCAGCCUACUUCCCUUUCUAGGCUUCUCUCUGACGGUAUCAUUGAAUUUGUGGGUAACAUAUUGUAGCCUAUUCAUAUUCAUCAUAUGCCUUGCCAUUACCCUAUGGGUAGUAGUCAAAUUUAAUUCUUCAGAGACUGUAGUAUCCUUUGACUCAAGAUUGGUCAACAUACAUAUGGGUUCUUACUUUAGGAGAAAGUUUGGGGUAAUUAAGAGCAUGGUACAAAUGGUAAAAGGCAAAUCAGCCUAUUGUCUUCCUUUUGUUUAAAUCUGAACCCAAUUCAUUGUCCAUCCACUGGAACUAUCCAAAUUCUAUGCACAAUGAUCAGUUUUAUGGAUUGUCCACCUAGCCUUUUAUCAUUGAUUAGGCAGAAGGCCUUUAUUAGCUACUUUGUUUUUCUUGCAUGGAUAGCUAGGAAAAAAUUCUUUAGUCAAGGAGUUUUGUUACAUAUGGAAACCUCUUUCUUGGUCAAAAGACUUUGGGGUUCCUCUGUUUUCUACAGCCUCCAGCUAGUUGUGUGAAUAUAAAGACAUAGUCUUCUAUAGGACAUAUUUGUGAAAUCUCAGGUGUUCCUUUUUCUAUUUUCAUCAAGGACACUUGUGAUCCUUGUGUAGACCAUUUUUAUAAAGAAUUUGUUGAGAUUAUAAAGUAAAGCACUUGGACUUAUCUGUUCUUUUAACCAUUUAUUUUAUUUUCAUUGUAAAUAGUUUGUUUAAGUUGGUGAGUUGCUUCAGCUGUGUGACAUAACAUCUUAUAUUUCAUUUUUCAUUCUAAUUUAAUACAGAUUUUAUAUUUUGCUUUAA